AAAACUGAUAACGUUGUUUCGUUCUCCUUUUUUUCUUCAGCUUGUCCCCUGCCUAUCAAACCACCACAAGAAUUCUCCUUCUGAAUAUUUGCCUAUUAAAAAUGUCUUCAGAUAAUAAUAAACUGAGUCUUGAUUCAAUAAGGGAUAGUUUAAUUAGACAAGAAGACACCAUCAUUUUCAACCUUAUAGAGAGAAUCAAAUACCCAUUAAAUUCCACCUUGUACAAACAACCUUCUUCUUCUUCUUGGAAUAUUUCAGGGUCAUUGUUCCAUUGCUUGUUUCAAGAAACAGAAGCUCUUCAAUCUAAGGUUGGUAGAUACCUAUCACCAGAGGAAAAUCCUUUCUUCCCAGAUAACUUGCCUGCUUCAAUCAUACCACCUAGCAAAAGUACACAUAUUUUGCAUCCUGCAGCAGAAUCUGUGAACGUAAAUGAGAAGAUAUUGGAUGUUUAUAUAAAGCAGUUGCUUCCACUAUUUUGUACUGAGGCUGAUGAAGAAGGAAACUUUGCUACAACUGCUUCCUGUGAUAUUCAGUUAUUGCAGGCACUCUCUAGAAGAAUUCAUUAUGGAAAAUUUGUUGCUGAGGUUAAAUUCAGGGAUUGUACUGAUCAAUAUAAACCACUUAUUCUUGCUAAGGAUAGUGAUGCUCUAAUGAAGCUAUUGACAUUUGAAGCAGUAGAAGAAAUGGUAAAGAAGAGAGUAGCAAAAAAAGCCAUGACAUUUGGGCAACAAGUGACCCUAAAUAUUGACGAUAGCACCAAAGAAGUAAAGUACAAGGUUGAUCCAUCACUAGUUUCGCGCUUAUAUGAUGAAUGGAUAAUGCCUUUGACAAAACUUGUUGAAGUUGAGUACCUUCUACGCCGUCUUGAUUAGUACAAUGCAACUAUCAUUAUUGUUAUUAAUUACUAUUGUUGUUUUCCAUUUUUAGUAGUAUUAUUAUUAAAAUAAGUUAAAGGGCUUUUACGAUAUUUGCCUUUGGACCAUCUAUAUAUUCCAUUGAUUGAAACUGUGAAAAUUCUCUGAAUUGAGGAUGCCGUUUAGUGUUUCAACAAACUAAUGUUACUUACUUGCAAGACAUUUGUGCAUAAAAAUAUUCUAA